AUGUUCCGUAAUCAAUACGACAGUGAUGUCACAGUAUGGAGUCCCCAAGGACGACUCCACCAAGUGGAAUAUGCUAUGGAAGCUGUGAAGCUUGGCUCUGCAACAGUUGGGCUGAAGAAUAAGCAAUUUGCUGUUUUAAUAGCUUUGAAAAGAGCAGUCAGUGAACUAUCGGCUUAUCAAAAGAAAAUCAUCCCUAUUGAUGAACAUAUUGGCAUUUCUAUUUCAGGACUAACAGCUGAUGCUAGAAUGUUAAGCCGUUACAUGAGGACUGAGUGUCUCAACCAUCGGUACGCCCAUGAUGCACCAAUGCCAGUUGGUAGACUGAUUGCUCUUGUAGGUAACAAGAUGCAAAUCUGUACCCAAAGAUAUGACAAGAGACCUUUGGGAGUUGGUCUACUUGUUGCUGGAUAUGAUGAUCAAGGCCCACAUAUUUACCAAACAUGCCCAUCCGCGAAUUUCUUUGAUUGUCGAGCAAUGGCUAUUGGAGCUCGAUCACAAUCUGCCCGAACUUACUUGGAGAAACAUCUCAAUACUUUUACUGACUGCGACCUUCAGGACUUGGUUGCCCAUGGACUAAGAGCUUUGAGAGAUACAUUACCUAAUGAAGUUGAUUUAAAUACAAAGAAUGUGUCAAUCGCCAUAGUAGGGCCGAAGACAGCUCUUCGUGUCAGUGAUGAAGAAGAACUCGGUAGAUUUUUGGCGCUUGUCGAAGGUGAAGAGAGACGUGGUGGAACUGCUACUGGUGACGCAGCAGCUCCGGGGGACCAGCCCCAGCCACAGGUAACAUUAUGGGAAUCUUAA